CAUGACAGUUGUGAUGUUCAAAAAUCUUGUUAUGAAACAACAAACGUUCAUUUAAAUUAUAAGUGUGAUAAUAUAACAUAAACUAAAAUAUAAAAAAAUGGCAAGACGUAAUGAGGAUUUCGAUGAGUUUUGUGAUCCAAAUAAUCCCAGAACGAUCACGUAUGAGGAUGUCUUAAAAGCCCAGGAGCGGACCAAGAAAUACCUAUCCUCAGAAACGCCUUUAAUUCGUUCUCAUCACCAUAAGACAUUCGGAAUCAACAUUUAUUACAAACUAGAAACUGUCUUAUCAACUGGAAGCUUUAAAGAAAGAGGCGCGAUAAAUGCUUUAGAACAAUUAAAGCCAAAUAAACGUAAAAUAGGCGUUGUCGUCGCGUCUCUGGGCAACCAAGCAAUGGGUAUAUGUUACCAUGGUCGUAAAUUGGGUAUUCCUGUCACAGUUGUGAUGCCAACUUCAUCUCCCAUUACGAAAAUCCAACAUAAUAUUCACCUUGGCGGGAAGGUACAAAUACUUGGAAAUAACUUAAUGGAAAGUCAACGUGCUGCACGAUUGAUCGCAAGAGAUAAGGGUCUUACUUAUAUAAAUGGACGAGAUCAUCCUCACAUCCUGGCUGGCUACGGCACAAUAGCGCUGGAGAUCCUGAAUCAAUUGCCCAUCGUAGAUGCAAUCAUAGUCCCUGUGGGUAGCGGAGGUCUCAUCGCCGCUAUCGCAGCCGUCAUUAAGCAUGUCAAACCAGAAUGCCUUAUAUAUGGAGUGCAGCCAGAAAUGGUGCCGACAUUUUUCAAGUCUUUGGAAAUGGGUGAGAGAGUAACACAACCGUGGCACACUACUUGCGGAUACGCGAUCGCGAUGCCAAAUAUCGGAGUGAACGCGUUUCAUACAGCGAAGCCGCUCAUCGACAAAAUGUUGUUGGUGAAUGAAGAUUGGGCAACCCUGGCGUUACUUCACUUGGUCGAGGAAGAACGUUUAGUUGUCGAAGGCGCAGCUGCUUUCCCUCUGGCUUCAAUCAUAGGAAAUCUAGUACCUGAGCUUAAGACGAAGAAUGUGGUGUGUAUUCUUAGUGGUGGCAAUAUUGAUGUCACAUUGAUGGGCAGGAUCUUGGACCGCGCACGUGCUUCGCAGGGCAGACUAGUCAAAUUUAAAGUGGGUAUAAGAGACGCCUCGCCUGCCUACCAGAAAUUAUUUAAACUAAUAGCAGACCGUGGAUACAAUUUACUCAGAUUUUUCACCGACCGCGUAUGGGUCGAAAACGAUAUCUACAAGGUGGAGGUUAAGCUGGUGUGUGAGACAAGAGAUUUAGAGCAUGCUCUGGAAUUGAAAAGACUUGUUGAAGACGAAUACAAAAAUGCUAUUUUUGAAACAGCACCCUUCAAUGACAAAUUUGUAUGUCCAUGUUAUAUCAAGAAAUGUAAUCAAAGUCAAAAUCAAAAAUGCAGUAAGUAACGAACGAUAACUGCACAAUUACAGCUAGUUUGACUAAAUUUUACUGUUGUUGGAAGAAAUUCAAAGAUCAUUGAAAUUUUGUAAUAUUAUGUAUUUUAAACUUUAGAUUGCACUUUAUAUAGUUAACUACAAUAAAAUUAUUUGAUAU